AAUUGCCUGCUUCCUCAGUAAAACCCUAACCUCUCUCCCUUUGAUUUCUCAAGCUAAUCUCUUUUUUUUUUUCCUGCGAAACAAACAGAAAAGCCGAGGGUAUGGGAUCCAACCUCAGGAACGAUAAGAUCCACGAUGGCGGUGACGGAGCUAGCCCUGGGAAGAUAUUUAUCGGAGGAUUGGCCAAAGACACUACUUUAACCCAAUUUAACAAGCACUUUGGGAAGUAUGGGGAGAUAACUGAUUAUGUGAUAAUGAAAGAUCGGCACACGGGUCAGCCUCGGGGUUUUGGAUUCAUAACCUAUGCUGAUCCUUCUGUUGUUGAUAAGGUCAUAGAGGACACCCAUAUCAUCAAUGGAAAACAGGUUGAGAUAAAGAGGACGAUUCCUAAAGGAUCCAAUCAUCAUUCAAAGGAUUUUAAGACAAAGAAGAUAUUUGUUGGGGGCAUUCCGACAUCAUUCACUGAGGAUGAAUUCAGGGAUUUUUUCUCCAAGUUUGGGGUAGUGACAGAUCACCAGAUCAUACGUGAUCAUGAGACCAAUCGCUCUCGUGGCUUUGGAUUUAUAGUUUUUGACAGAGAAGAAGUUGUAGAUGAUUUAUUAUCAUCAAAUGGAAAUAUGAUUAAUAUGGCAGGUAGCCAGGUGGAGAUCAAGAAAGCUGAACCAAAGAAAAACUCAAACACACCACAUGGUCCUUCAUAUGGUAGCAACUCUAGGGGUCGUUCUUUUGAUGAUGGCUUUGGUGGAUAUGGUGGUUCCUAUGGGGGUUUUGAUGGGGGGUUUGGACCUGGUCCUUAUAGGACACCUGGGGGUUUUGGCGCUAGACUUGGUGGUGGAUAUGGGUAUGGUAGUGAAUUUGGUGGUGGUUAUGGGUUUGGAGGUAGUAGCUUAGGAGGCUAUCGAGGUGAAUCUUCCCUUGGUUACUCUGGUCGUUUUGCAUCUUAUGGGGGUGGUUUUGGUGGUGCUUAUGGACCCUAUGGUGGAAAUGCUUUAGGUGGAUAUGGUCGGGGAGGUGAAGGUUAUGGCAGUUACGGAGGUUCAACCUAUGGUAGCGGUUAUGACUCUGGUCCAGGUGCUGGUUAUGGAGCAGGUGGGAUUUAUGGCAGGGGAGGCUAUAGUAGCAGUAGUCGGUAUCACCCAUAUGCCAGAUAGGAUGGAGGCAUUUUGAUGCAGUUCCUUAAACCUUGUCCUAGAAGAUUCCUACAGGUUCCUCUAGAUCUGUGUUGUGCAUCAUUAGGUGCUUCGACACAAAGACUAGUGAAGUCUUUUAAUUGGUAGCAUGCUGAGAAGCUUUCAAGAUCAGAUAUUAAGACUAUUAUUUUCUUCUUUGUAACGCAAAAACUUUUAGAAUGCUUCGAAUUAGUAUUGGGUUGUGUUGCAGUCUUACUCUAGUUUGUUUAUUGUUAGCUUGUUAUGGUAGAAUAUAUAUAGGAUCACAGUUUGGAGUGUGUUAUUAUCUCCACCAGAUGGAUGUAGAAAAUUUAUGAUAUGGUUUCUAUUUUAGAUUUGCAUGCCAUGUUUUUGUUAGUUAGGUCACUCUAAAGUGAUUGCUUAGCUGCCUGAGAAUUAUCAUGGACUAAGUAAAUAUGUUUAGGUUUGAUGUGGGUUAAUUAAUCACAUAUCCUAGUUCUGGAACAAAUCUUUGUUGGGAGCCACUGUUGGGAUGGACCCUAAUAGGGAGGGCUAGGCCAAAGCUCUGGAUUAUCUACUUUGAAAUUCGUUUGAAAGAUUAUGUAUGCACUUGGGAAGGAUGGAGUGUGUAUUAAUUGAUGUGUGGAAAUAAUUGCUGCACUUGGAAGCUUUAUUGAUUUUAAUUGUUUUUCUUUAUUAUCUGAUCUAAAGUUUGUAAUUGUUGAUCUGUUGGGUGCAUCUUUUCUCUGUAGACUUAUGAUAUUAUAAUUAAUGAAAUGGCAAGAGUGCA